AUGACUGGCCGUCAAGCAACCCCUCGUCCACCUACUUCAGCUUUCAUAGAACUCCGUCCUCGCACACGUCAUACAAUAUCCCUUCCGCCUCUUUCCCUAGCAAGCACCGUAUCAGAUACUUCAAAAGCAAUCGUCACUCCUCACGCUUCACUUCCUCGCCCUCAUACUUCAAUUCUUCAACCACAAAUUCCCGCCCGACCAACCGCCACUAUAACCGCUAUCCGUACAAUACAAAAAUCAUCAGACCCCUCUUUCAUAUGUACGAUUUGCUGGUCGCCACAACAUCCGCCUGCCGCACCGCGGGUUCUGGGUCGUUCGUCGAGAAUCGUUUGCCAUCAGUGUUGGAGGGCGGUGCUGGAUUUGAGUAUUUGUUGGGUUUGUGGGGAGUGUAUUGUGAGAGGUGAUGAGGUGGUUAGUUUGGGGUGGUGUUUUUGGCAUCGGGCUUGCUUUGGGUGUUUGCUUUGUGGGGUGAGCUUGGGGGAGGGGGUUUUGAAGGAUUUUGAGAGGGAGGGGGAUGGAGAUGGGGAAGGGGAUGAGGGGGACGAGGGGAGUGAUGGUGGAAAUGCAAGGAAGGGAACGGAGUUAGAUAAGAUUCCACUGUGUGAAUGGUGUGAGACGGAAACGAAGAUUAAGGGAUUUGGAGAGAAGAAGGUGUUGGAGAGGGGACUGGAGAAUGUGACGAAAUCUGAUGGGGGAUUGACGAGGUGUCGGUUGGAGAAGUUGGAUGAGGAUAGGGGUCUGGGGGUGGUUUUAAAUGGGAAGGAGAAGAAGGAUAUUGUUGUGGGAUUAGAUGGAGAGGAAAUGGUACCUUCUCCACCGUCUUCAUCGUCUGAUCUAUCGCCACUGUCUAUGCAGAAGAGACCUAGUAGAUUGUCCACGAUGAACGAAAGGAAAAUCAGUAAAUUGAUACGAGAUUCUUCUACACCUCAGGAAGAAAUCGCACUCCUCAGCGACGCCGCCAAGAUGGGUGUAUCGGAAGACGGAAACCCCGACGACUCCACACACUCUCACAGCGACACGGAACCCGCAGAUCUGGGCCCCGCUGCCGAAGCAUCCACUUCAUCCACUUCACCCAGCGCAUCCAGUCCCUCCAACAUCUACGUCUCGAUCUAUGAUCCCGCCGGUCGAGCAUUCAUUCCUAGUAAAACCAAACCGUUGCCAAAGUGGAUGUCGUUACUCCCCACUAAUGUCCAUCGUGACCGCGAAGAAUCCCGUGGUGAUUUCCGUCAGCGGAAGGCGGGGCCCGUGGUCUCGAGAGCUGCGCUUCCCGAUGCGUAUGCGGAUGGUGCUUCGUCGAGUCAUUCGGAUGAUUGUGCUGGGGUUCAUGGUCCGUCUACACCGUGCGUGACGGAGGGAGGAGGUACGGGUAUUUCUCCGGGGGAUCUUUCGGAGGAGGUGACACCUAAAGUUAAACCCCUCUCUCGAAAACGAGCCAGCUCCGUCUCCGACAACAUUGACACACCAAGCAGUACCCGCAAACCAUCCACAUCCCAAUCCACCAUCUCCUCCCUCGCAAUCCCCAGCCCCAAAUCCCACCACAAAAUAACCAGCACGCGCCCCCGCUCCGUCUCCAUCGAAGAAAGUCUUCCCCGUCCACAUCCCCAUCCCGCAUCUGCUUAUCGACGCGGAAACCGCUCGAGCACCAUUGAAUCCUCGAGUUUUAAAUCUGGCAAUAUUAGUAUUAAUAUACAAGCCGUACCACUUCAUGAACAUGCCCCUCGAGAUGUUUCCGAGAGACCUUUGACUCCGUAUCCUAAAGAUGAGGAUGAAGAUCCGUUUCAGGGGAUUGUUGGAUCUAGGAAUCUAAAUGUGAGAGGUGCAGCGGAGGGAGCUAAUACAAAUAUAAGUUUGUUGACGUCGCCUCUGAGUACAUUUAUCACGCCGCGCAAAGGUUCAUGUUGUGGGUUGAGCACGAGUUUGGAGGUGGCGAAUGUGGAUGCAUUGAGGAGGCGGGAUAGGGAUGGGGGGGAGAGUAGUUUUGAUUCGACGUUUGAGAGUUUUCCAAGGCCCGAAAUUGCGAAGCCGAAUGCGAGUUAUGGGAUUGGGAUUGGGAUCGGUAUGGGGAUUACGAGCCCGAAAUUGGGGUUUUUGGGGCAGGGGUCCGAGUAUUUGGAGAGGUGUGUGGCGGGCGUUAUGUUGCCGGGUGGGGGUGCUGAGAGAGAGAGGGAGAGAGAAAAGGAGAGGGAGAAGGAGGGGAUUGUAGAGAAGAUUAGGAGGCAGAGGGUGGGGACUGUUAGUCUAGGACAAGUAGCCCAAACAGUCAAAGAAGAAAAGCUAGAGCGAGAAAGAAAACGAGCCGAGACGCAGAGUCAAUCGGAGUGGAAUUGGGUGGAUAGUGGUGAAGGAAAGAUCCUAAUAAAAGGAGAGGAAGCAAAGGCAAAGGUGGAAAUGACUAGUAGAAAGAGUUCGAGAAGAAGUCGGGGGGUGGUUAGUGAGGAGGAGAGGGAUAAGUUGGAGAGGUCGGGGUCGAGGGAUGGGGGGAGGAGGAGCUUGAGGAGAAGUAGGGUUGGUGAGGAGAUGAGGGGGAUGGGGAAGGAGAAGGAGAAGGUGGAGAGGGAGAGGGAGAAGUUGGAGAGAGAAAAGCAGGUAAAGAGGAAUAUAAAAGGAAAAGGCAAGGAAAAGUUGAAGGAAAAAGAAAAAUUGCAAGAGGAUGAGAUGGAGGUCGAGAUUGAGGUAAACAGCGAGGUUGGCGAGAAGAGCGAGAGAGAACUAAAGAAAGAAUCGCGGGGUUCAUUCGGUGAUGAGUAA